AGGUCGCUUCGGGCUUCAGCUUAUGUUUGGCGGCAAAACCUGAAAGUAAAGCCGUUAACUAGUAAGUUGCAAAAAGGUUUAGGGUUUUUCUCUCCCCAAAUUCCCGAUUACUUGCUUGGUAACCAAGAAUAGAAGAAUCAAAUCAUGAUUUUCAUUGCGUGAGUGUAUCAUCGAUUCAGGGUUUCAAUGGAUGCAUCAUUCCUUCCUUCCGAUGCCCCAACUAUAAAGCCCAUUAACAAGGCUUCGGUUCACAGAAUCUGCGCCGGCCAAGUCAUUUUUGACCUCUCGUCGGCUGUCAAGGAGUUGGUCGAAAACAGUUUAGACGCCGGCGCCACCGGCAUUGAGAUCGCUCUGAAAGAGUACGGCAAAGAGUGCUUCCAGGUGAUCGACAAUGGCUCCGGCAUUUCGCCCAACAACUUCAAAGUCAUUGCCCUUAAGCAUCACACAUCUAAAUUGGUUGAUUUCCCCGACCUUCAGUCGCUGACGACGUUCGGUUUUCGCGGCGAGGCCAUAAGUUCCCUGUGCUCGUUGGGGAAUUUAACGAUCGAAACCAGGACAAAAAACGAGACGGUUGCGACGCACUUGACUUACAAUCAUUCGGGAUUGUUGGUUGCUGAGAGGAAGACGGCACGGAAAAUUGGAACCACUGUUACUGUCAAGAAUUUGUUUUCGAAUUUACCCGUGCGGAGCAAGGAAUUUCAUAGAAACAUAAGGAAGGAAUAUGGAAAGCUUAUUUCCUUGCUGAAUGCCUAUGCUCUUAUUGCGAAAAGGGUUCGGUUAGUAUGCACCAACACAACAGGUAGAAAUGUAAAGUCUGUGGUCCUUAAAACACAAGGAAGUGAUUCUCUCAAAGAUAACAUUGUCACACUUUUUGGCAUGGGUAUCUAUAACUGCUUAGAACCUCUGGAUUUAUGCAUAUCUGAUGGUUGCAAGGUUGAUGGUUUUCUGUCUAAGGCAGGACAAGGUAGUGGACGCAAUAUGGGCGAUAGACAAUUCUUUUUUGUAAAUGGUCGACCUGUGGACAUGCCUAAAGUCACAAAGCUUGUGAAUGAGUUAUACAGAGGUGCCAACUCCCAGCAACAUCCCAUUGCAAUUUUGAAUUUUACUAUUCCAACUAGAGCAUGUGACGUCAAUGUUACUCCUGAUAAAAGGAAAAUAUUCUUUUCUGAUGAGGGUUCCAUAUUGCAUGCACUAAGGGAGGGUUUACAACUGAUUUAUUCCUCUAACCAUGCUCGAUUCGUUGUUAAUAAAGUUGAGGAGCCUGCCAAGGCUGUAAUUUCUCCAUCAUGUUCUUCUCAGCAAAAAUCUUACACAUCUUUGAAACCAUUAUCUCAGGAUGAGAGUGGUCCUGAAGGUGAAAGUGAGGACCAUGUUUUAGAGGAUGAUAAUCAAUUCAAAACUGUGGAAAAUGAAGUUCAAGACAUUCAUGGUGUAGAAAGAUUUAAUUGCAAUAGUCAAAUGAAGGACUUUACUCUAAGAGGACAUAAAAUUAAAGAAUCUGAUGACAGUAGACAGUUCACUACUCAUCAAGAUAGUAACACAACUGAUCAAAAAGCGCUUCCUUUUGCAAAAACUGUUGAUAACAGCACUGCUACAAAUAAAGAUUCAUAUCGUUCAAGCUCUGUUCAAACAUUGCUUGACAAAUUUAUUAGUGCAAAUAAAAGGAAGCAUGAAAAUAUCAGUACAGUACUAUCUGAGAUGCCUGUCCUAAGAAAUCAGAUUCAUCAUUGGCAGGCCAAGAAUAGCAAUUCUGAUGUGAAAGUUGUAGUUCCAAGAUCCUCGGUAAGCCCUCUCCAGGUUGAUCAUUAUUUAGAAGCAGAGAAGACAGAGCCGUCCAAGCAUUUACGAGCAGACAAGGUCGCCAGUAAAGUUGCAAAUCCACUUUCUUCUGAAGCCAGUACAACUGGCAGAGAAUCUCAAGAGGAUAUUGAUGCUAAAGAGAAAGCAAAUCCCCUCGCUAAUAUCUCAUCAAGUGCUGCAUCCAGUGAGGAUGGAGUUCCCGUUGCUCAUAUCUCAUCAAAUGCUGCAUCCAGUGAGGAUCUCGCUAGUGUGCCUGAAGGUGUUUCGGUUCAAGCUCCUUUAGAUUCCUCUAGUCAGCUGCUGGGUGUUUCAAAGCCUUCUUCUGGUCUUGAAAUAUGUUCCACCUUGCAAUUUAGUUUGCAAGACCUAAAGAACAGGAGGCAGCGGAGGCUGUCUCUAUUGCAUUCCAGUAAUGAUAAUCAAAGGACAAAGGGGAAAAGGUGCUAUGCUGCUGCCACACUAGAGCUUUCUCAACCAGUAAAUGAAGAUAGAAAGGAAAGGGAUUUACUUGAAGCUACUAAAGAGUUGGAAAGACUUUUCAGAAAGGAGGAUUUUGGUAGGAUGAAGGUAAUUGGGCAAUUCAACCUUGGAUUCAUCAUUGGGAAGUUAGAUCAAGAUCUAUUUAUUGUUGAUCAGCAUGCUGCUGAUGAAAAAUACAAUUUUGAGCGUUUCGCACAAUCAACCAUCUUAAACCUGCAGCCUUUGCUUCGGCCAUUAAGGUUGGAAUUAUCUCCUGAAGAAGAAGUAGUUGUUUCCAUGCACAUGGAUAUUUUCAGAAAAAAUGGAUUUGUUUUGGAAGAGGAUCUAGAUGCACCACCAGGGCACCACUUUAGACUGAAAGCAGUACCCUUCAGUAAAAACAUAACUUUUGGAGUUGAAGAUGUGAAGGACCUUAUUUCAACUCUGGCUGAUGGUCAUGGGGAAUGCUCAAUAAUUGGUAGUUACAGGACGGACACUGCUGAUUCUGUUUGCCCGUCACGAGUUCGUGCUAUGCUGGCGUCACGUGCUUGCAGAUCAUCUGUCAUGAUUGGGGAUGCUCUUGGAAGAAAUGAGAUGCAGAAGAUACUUGAGCAUUUGGUAGGGUUGAAGUCUCCUUGGAAUUGUCCACAUGGAAGGCCCACAAUGCGCCACUUGGUAGAUUUGACAACCAUAUACAAGAGUGAGGAAGAAUGAUGAAGUUGUCACCAGUGGGUUAACUUAUUUGCGUAAACCUUGUGUACAUAGAUAUGUAAUCUUGCUUCCCUAUAGUACUCUCUCCAUGUUGGUAAGCUAAUCCCUGGUGUGGUGGAGAAUUAUAAAUAAUUCUUUGUAGACCACAGUUUCAGUUAUAGCUCAAGCAAUUCUUUUUUGGUAUGUAAAUUAUAUUCUCGCCUAGGGAUUGACCUGACCAAUUGAGGAGGUCCUUGUUAACUUGGAAAAAAAGGCAAUUGCAGGAAAAAGCAAUUUUUGGUA